AAUGUCGUUAAGGGGCCAAAUAAACUUAGCUAUCUAUACAACUGAUAGUUUUUCGUGUAUUUUAAAGAUAGAUAAAAUAAAUAUAUGCACAGUAGUCACUUGAGUAAAAUACACAAAGUAUAUCAGUAAAUAAACAAGUUAAAGGAAUAAAAAUAAAAUGGGCUGAUUUGAUGCACUUGGGUCACAGUUUAGCCUUGAGCCUGGCACUGUCCUCCCUGUCUGGCUCCCUCAUGCCGGUGGUCGGGCCAGGCUGUGUGGAGAGAAUCCUCCCUUGUUUCUGGAGCAAGAGGCGGGCCUUUAGAAAGAAGGAAUGCACUGAAGCUUUCCUGCAGGCUCCCCUUCACAUGUUGAGGAACGUCCGUCCCGCGUCCCGACAUGGACAUGUGGCCGCUGCUGCUCCUGUUUGUCCAGCUCUGCUUCUGCUCCGGGUAUGAAGGGUCAGGACGGUACGCCUACGGAGACGACGAGGACUGGUAUUCUCAUACCUAUAGAGGAACCCCGUGGUGCGCACCCAUUAAAAUUAAACAUGGUGACGUGAGCUGUCGCACACCCAGAGGAGAGCACUACAGGAACGUGAUGGGGACACGGUGUAAAAUCCGCUGCAAGCAGGGAUAUGAAGCUCAGAGCUCAGAGGUGGUGUGCAUGGCGAGCAAACACUGGUCCUCUAACUACGCCUGCCGAGAGAUCCGUUGUCCUAAGCUGGAUAUGCCCAUUAAUGGUGGCUACAAGUGCUCAGACGGCUCUUACUUCAACUCUCGCUGUGAGUUCUUCUGCUCACCCGGAUUCACUUUGAAGGGCCAGAAGACGGCAACGUGCCGCUACAACGCGGUGUGGAGUGCAGGAGUGCCCAGCUGUGUUGAUAUUGAUCCUCCAAAAAUCAAGUGUCCAAAUGUGAAGGAUAAGUGGGCAGAACCUGGAAAGCUGACAGCGAGGGUGACUUGGGACACACCAGAGGGUGUUGACACUGCAGACGGCAUCCUCACAGAUGUUAUCCUUAAAGGAAAGCCCUCAAAAUCCAACUUCCCAGAGGGGCUCCAUAAAAUGUCUUACACUGUGUUUGAUCGGGCUGGGAACAAAGGGUCCUGCCGCUUCACUGUCAGAGUGCGAGUGCGUCGCUGCAGCCCUCUCUUUCCUCCGGACAACGGUUACAUGAAGUGUGACAGUGACAAAGACAACUACGGAGCCACCUGUGAAUUCACCUGCACCGGCGGCUCCGAGCUACGGGGCAGCGCUGCCAGAGUGUGUCAGUAUGGACUCACCUGGUCGGGCUCAGACACAACCUGUGCACCCAUGAACAUCAACGUGGGAGUGCGUACGGCUGCUGCGCUGCUGGACCAGUUCUAUGAGAAGCGAAGGCUCCUCGUUAUCUCCGCGCCAACGGCUGCCAAUCAUAAUUACCGCUUCCAGAUGACUAACUUGCAGCAAGCUCAGUGUGGCCUGGACUUGAGACAUGUGACAGUAAUCGAGCUGGUCGGGACUUACCCGGCACAAGUCGGCCGGAUUCGACACAACCUGCUUUCUCCAGGACUGGCCCUGCAGCUCAGGUUACUGCUCCAGAUUCCUCAAAGGUCUUUCCAAAUGGUGCUGGUAGACAAGCAGGGCAUAGACAAACAACGCUACCCGUUUCCAAUCACAGCGGCUGAAUUAUUCACCACCAUCGACACUUUCCCCCUCCGCAAAGACGAGAUGCUGGUACAGCAGGAGGCGGGCCAGACCUGCCAGUCAUAAAACGCCCAGUACACUUCCAUGGACUGUCAGCCAUCUUUGAGCUUUCCCUCCUUCGUCACAGCAGAAAAGACUCGGAUCUCCCGUUUCCAUCCACAUGUCACACGUUCCUACCUGAACCAAAUCUGCCCUGUAUCCUGUGUGCGCGAGCAUGUCUGUUUGUUUGUGUGUGUGUGUCAAAAGUUUGGAUGUCAGUCAUGGUGCUAAUCACACAGUGCAUUACAGUCAUACUGAUUCCUGUGUCUUGUCUGUAUUUUAUUUGUUCUAUUAUUAUUAUUAUUUUCAAAGCAGAAUAAUUGUCUUACUACUUUGUAAAAAAAAAAAAGUCUUUUUACUGUAUGAACUGGAAGACCUUUCACCUAAUAUUUAUGUCGCACCUUUCCCAAUAAGGAUGUACUCUGUACAUGCAGUGCAUCUGUGUCUGAAUUUGCAAACACUGAUUAAAUAUGUCUAGUGCGAAGGA